AGAGACAACCAGACAAUCAGACAACCAAAAUUUUAGGCAGCCAAAACUUAGACAGCCAAAAUUUAGACAACACAGACAAUAAAAGACAUCCGUUCCUUAACUAGCAACACACUGUAUCUUUACUCAAUCACAUACAGAUAGAUAGAUCGAUCAAGAUACACACAUGUCGCUAACUAGCAGAGAAUUAAAUUACUUGGUGUGGCGUUACCUUCAAGAGUCUGGCUAUGACCUUUCUGCAUAUGCAUUAGACCAAGCUUCUUUGUGUCUGCAGUACGAAAACUCAACUAAUCACGACAUAAUCACCAAGAUACCACCAGGGUGUCUUGUUAACUUGAUACAGAAGGGUAUUCUUUUUAGUAUUGCCGAGGAAGAAGCCAAGCAUGAAAGUGAAACCAAGCACGAGCAAGAAGAAGUGCCCAAUGGAAAGUUAAACCUUUUGAACGCAUUGGUCCAUGACCAUUUGAAAGCAGUAGACCCAGAAGAUAAACGAUUCAUGCUAAGAUCUGAGUUGAAUGGAAGCGAAGACAAGGAUAAUAUGGAAGGAAUAGAGAAGACCGACACGGAAGAAUUGUCUGAGCCAAUACAACAUGCUAUUGACUUCACAACAAAGAUAAUACAGCCCGUUAUUAAGUUCUCUCCAAGUUUAACCUGUGACUGGCAUCCAAUUACAAAAGUGUUUGCUUAUGGAAAGAACGAAGGGAGUGCCGUGAUAAAUGCCAUAAAGGACGGCCAAAUAAUCGAAUCCGUGAUUCUUAAUCAUUCAAACUUACUUGAAGCUAGCCAUAAUGAUGUCAAUAUAGUAUCAUGGUCCCCUCUAGGAAACUUGAUAGUCACUGGUGGAAUAAAUGGAGAAUUGCGAGCUUGGUCUCCUGAUGGAAAGUUGAAAAAUAUUGCCAAUAUUGUUGCUGAAGAUGUUACAAGUACAAAAGCUCGGGCUAUUAUUGUUAGUUUAUAUUGGAGCUCUUCCGGACAAUAUUUGAUAUCCGUAGAUUCCAGAAACCAAAUAUGUUUGUGGGAUGGGAAUACUUUAUCCCUAAUUAAACAAAUCACAGAUACAACUGCUGCCACUGCUGCUGCCACUGCUGCUGCCACCACUACAACCACAACUACACCUUCGAGUUAUAUAACCUCCUGUGCUUGGCUUCAUGAGGAUAAAUUUGCAUUAACCACUUGUAAAAACAAUAUAAAAAUCCACGAUAUUGUCCAAAAUGCCUAUGGAACUAUUGAAAUACAGCCAAUUGGGGUGCUUUCAGGACAUGAACAUAGCAUUUCCUUGAUGAAAUUUAACAAAAAUAACAAAUUGUUGGUUUCGUGUUCCGAUUUUGAUUAUUCAAUUAAGAUAUGGCGAGGAAGUAAAGGAGCAGGAAGCACUGGAGCUACAUCUGCUGAAGAGAGUCUUGACAUAAACAUUGGUGAUUCCAAACAUAAUUCCCCUAUAGUUGGAUUAGAAUGGCUUGAAGAUGAUAAUUUAUUGAGUGUUUCCAUGGAUGGAGUCUUGAAUAUCUGGAAUAGCACCACUGGCAAGAGCUUGAAACAUUGCCAAUUGCUUCGAAAAGAGAAUUUUAAAACUGAACAAGAGAAUGCGGAUUUAAUUAAAGAUGUGCUUAUAUUCAACGUUGUGCUAUCGCCUAGUAAGAAAUACCUCGCCGUUGGUGAUGAUUAUUGCAGAAUAACCAUAUGGGAUAUGUCACUUGAAGGACCAAAGGAUUUGGUUAGAUGCUUGGGAGUGUACAGUCCAGAGAUAGCACAAAAGGAAGGAGAGCAGUCUAAUGGUCACAUAACAGAAAACGUUGGUAUUUGUGACUUGAAAUGGGACAAUGAAUCGACCUAUGUUUCUGGUUCAUUCAAUGGCAUAGAGAGCGUAAUUGUAUCCUUGGAAUAAUUUUGUAAAUAUAUAGUAACUAUAAAUUGUAGAAUUACAAACGAAUUGAAAUAUAAUUAAUCAUAUGAAUCAAGCAGAAGUAGCAGCAGCUUCAACAGUGGAAGAAACAGCGUCAGCAACAGCACUAGUGACGGCGGCAGCGCUGUUUUUCAAGUUGUUAUUAGUACCAGGGAAGAAAACAUCCAUAUAACAAGUCAAUAAAGCAACUAUAGCAAAAGUGAUUUUCAAAAGAGCUGGUUGUUGAGGAUUGUCGUUGUCUGACUUAGGAGCAUUGAUUGGCUCAUUCAACCAAGCUUGUACGGCUAUGAAUACUGACGACCAGGAUAAGAUCUUGUUACGCAUAAACAUAGCGGCCAUAGGAAGUGAUUGGGCGACUACACUUGUGGCAUUGUCGUUUCUUGGUUUGGCUGGAACGUGCUUGUAUGGAAUAACCAAUUCUUUAUUGAUUUUGGAGGACAUUUGUGAAUAGCAAGAAUAAUACUGGUGAAGUAUGUC